GGGAGAGAGACAGAAACAGUAUGGAGAGGGUGCCGCAGCCCAGGGCCGUCAUCAACAACCCUGCUGACAUUGGAGUCAUCGUGGGCUACUUCAUCCUGGUCAUCUGCGUAGGGCUCUGGGGAACAAAUAAUUAAUACUGGGCUCUUCAGCGGAUGAAGGUCUGGCACGACCCAGUGGCUGGAAGCAGACAAAUUCAGACUGGAAAUAAGGGUCCAUGUGCCGCACCAACCGGAACACCAUCGGGGGUUACUUCCUGGCUGGUAGAAACAUGGUCUGGUGGCCGGUGGGUGCGUCUCUCUUUGCCAGUAACAUCGGCAGUGGGCACUUCGUGGGGCUGGCUGGCACCGGUGCUGCCAAUGGGCUGGCGGUGGCCGGCUUCGAGUGGAAUGCUCUCUUCGUGGUUCUCCUCCUCGGAUGGCUCUUCGUACCUGUCUACCUCACUGCCGGGGUGAUCACAAUGCCCCAGUAUCUGAAGAAGCGAUUUGGGGGCCAGCGAAUCCGGAUCUAUCUGUCCAUCCUGUCCCUCUUUCUCUACAUCUUCACUAAAAUCUCAGUGGACAUGUUCUCGGGGGCUGUGUUUAUCCAGCAGGCUCUGGGCUGGGAUAUCUACGUCGCUGUCAUUGCCCUGCUCGUAAUUACCACCAUAUACACCGUGACAGGGGGGCUGGCGGCCCUGAUGUACACCGACACCGUGCAAACCUUCGUCAUCAUUGGGGGAGCCUUCGUCCUCAUGGGCUUUGCGUUUCACGAGGUGGGGGGCUACCAGGGGCUCUUUGACAAGUACCUGGAGGCCCUUCCCAGCAACACCCUCUCUCCAGCCCCGGCCCUGUACAACAUCUCAGCCACCUGCUACCAGCCCCGCCCCGACGCCUUCCACCUCCUCCGCGACCCCCUAACCGGAGACCUCCCCUGGCCAGCGCUAAUCUUCGGCCUCACCAUCAUCUCCACCUGGUACUGGUGCAGCGACCAGGUGAUUGUGCAGCGUUGCCUAGCGGGCAAGAGCCUGACCCAUGUCAAAGCCGGCUGCAUCCUCUGUGGGUACCUGAAGCUGUUGCCGAUGUUCCUCAUGGUGAUGCCAGGAAUGAUCAGCCGCAUCCUUUACCCAGACGAGGUGGCCUGCGUGGUGCCAGAGGACUGCAAGCGGAUCUGUGGCACUGAAGUCGGCUGCUCCAACAUCGCCUACCCCAAGCUGGUGGUGACUCUCAUGCCUGCCGGUUUGCGGGGGUUGAUGCUGGCCGUGAUGCUGGCCGCCCUGAUGAGCUCCCUGGCCUCCAUCUUCAAUAGCAGCAGCACCCUAUUCACCAUGGACAUCUACAACCGCCUGCGGCCCCGGGCCAGGAGCAAGGAGCUGCUGAUCGUGGGCAGGGUGUGGAUCUUGUGCAUGGUGGCCAUCAGCAUUGCCUGGAUCCCAGUGGUGCAGGCGGCGCAGAGCGGGCAGCUCUUCGAUUACAUCCAGUCCAUCGCCAGCUACCUGGCACCACCCAUCGCCGCUGUCUUCUUCCUCGCCCUGUUCGUCAAGAGGGUCAACGAGCCCGGCGCGUUCUGGGGGCUGGUCGGGGGGCUGCUGAUGGGUCUGGCCCGUCUGCUGCCUGAAUUCGCCUAUGGCACUGGCAGCUGCAUCUUCCCCAGCGCCUGCCCCCGCUUCAUCUGCGGGGUGCACUACCUGUACUUCGCCAUCAUCCUCUUCCUUGCCAGCGUCGUCCUGGUGGUGGGGGUAUCGCUUUGCACCCCGCCCAUCUCCGACAAGCACCUACACCGGCUGGUGUUCAGCCUGCGUCACAGCAAAGAGGAGCGCGUGGACCUGGACACGGAGGAGGAGGAGGAGAGAAGGAGGCAAGAAACGAGGCAGCAACAGGGAGUGGCCGCGAACGGGGCUGUGGAGCACGUGUUGGAGGUGGAAGGCCGCCCGGCCGGUCAGCCCCAGGGCUGCGUGGGGCGCUGCAUGGCCUGGCUCUGCAGCCUGGGGGGUGCAGCGCGGCGGGCGCCGGAGCCGGGUGUGGAGCGGCUGCCGGACAUCACGGAGCACCCAACCUGGAGCCGGGUCGUCAACCUCAACGCCAUUGUCAUGAUGGCCAUCGCCCUCUUCCUGUGGGGCUAUUACGCCUGAGCCUCUGCCACGGGGAGCCCUCCAGUCUCUGAGCCCCACCGCGGGGAGCCCACGGCAGCUCCUGCCUCUGCUAUGGGGCUCCCAGGCCACCUCCCACCUCCUCAGCCCCCCACUGCCGCCAAAUAAACACUCUUUUUCCUUCCCCCGUUCCUGUAGCCUCCCCACACACACCCUCUCCCUGUGGUGGGGUCCCCUCUGCCCUAUGCCAUAGUCCCCCCCCACUGUGCACCUCAGCUGUCAAAGAGGGGCUUGUGUACCCCCCUUCCCCCUCCCCCAAGGUAUUUUCCAGGGGCUCCCCCCCCCCAAACCCAGUGCAGAGACCACAGGAAGAGGGUGGAAACGGAAGGGGGCAGCAUAGCCCCCAGCCCCUCACCGACCCCAGCCCGGCCUCCCCCCAGCCUCCCCCGCCCCAUGAAACUCAGGCUGGGAAGAGUGUGGAGGGGAAGCAAUAGACAAAUAAAUGAAUGGGAAACUGCA